AUGGCGUCCAGUGACUUGGCAAUAGGAGUGAUCUUCUUAUCUCAGACCGUAGUUGGAUUCCUAGGGAAUUUCCUUCUUCUUUACCAUUAUAGUUUCCUCUAUUUCACCAGAUGCACACUGAGGUCUACAGAUCUGAUUAUAAAGCACCUUGCUGUAGCCAACUCCUUGGUCAUACUCUUUAAAGGAGUUCCACAGACAAUGGCUGCUUUCCUGUUGAAGCAUUCCCUGAGUGAUAUUGAGUGCAAACUUGUAUUCUAUGUUCACAGAGUGGGCAGGGGUGUGUCUAUGGGAAAUACCUGCCUCUUGAGUGUUUUCCAGGCCAUCACCAUAAGCUCCAGAGACUCCAGGUGGACAGAGCUGAAACUGCAAACUCCCAAAUACAUUGGACUUUUCAGCAUCCUGUGUUGGGUCCUGAACAUGCUGGUCAAUAUCUGUGUUUCUAUGCACAUGAUUGGCAAGCAGAACAGCAAAAACAACACUGCAAAAGUUGAUUAUGGAUACUGUUCUGGGACUGUUAAUAACAGGACUGCACUAUCCCUAUAUAACUCACUGUUGUUAUUCUAUGAUAUUUUGUGUGUGGGACUCAUGAUCUGGGCCAGUGGUUCCAUGGCUUUCACCCUGUACAGGCACAAGCAGCAAGUGCAACACAUUCAUGGGACCAACCUCUCCCCCAGAUCAUCCCCUGAGUCCAGGAUCACCCAGAGUAUCCUUGUCCUAGUCAGCAGCUUUGUGUCAUUUUUCACCCUCUCCUCAAUCCUUUCAUUAUAUAGCUCUUUUUUUCAUAAGCCCAGUUGGUGGCUGGUGAACACUUCGGCACUAAUCACUUCUUGUUUUCCCACAGUCAGUCCCUUUAUUUUCAUGAGCCGUGACCCCAGAAUAUCCAGGAUCAAUUAUGCCUGCUAG